CACACACACACACACACACACACACACACACAUACACCGAGUUCCGAGUGUUAGUGGCGGUGUACGGUGUAUGUGUGUGGGUGCGUUUGUGGGGAUGCGUGUCCUAAUGCCCUUAAUUUGAAACGUUUCCCCUGAAUGGGGAUGAUUCGUUUGCUGGAUCAAUUCGUGCCGGGGGAAGAAACCGCUCAAAAGACAACCAUAUGACCAUAUGUGCUCUGUAAGGGCUUUUUGGAAGGCAUUUUGAAGACUUUUAGCAGUCUAAAAUCCAAUGAUAGAGGCCACCUAUUCACGUUCCAUAGGACGAAGACGAUGCAUUGAGAGGUUCGCCCUUAUCGCACUCACACACACGCACACACGGCCGACACCAGCGGGAAGACCUCUGUAGAAUCGUGAAAGAAAGCACACAAUAACAAAAAAAAAAAGCACACGAACAAAUUAAAUACAGUGAGAGAGCGAGGGCGAGCGAGAGCGAGAGAGUUUUCCAUAGGUGAAAACCGUUUAGGAAAGCGUGGCUCAGCGUGGCUCCAAAGAUCCAUCGCUCUCUCCCGUUACAAACAGGACCUGAUAAAACAGGCUCCAAGCUGGAGAGCAACAUUGAAGCGUGUGAUACAAUGUGAGACAGUGUGCGUGUUCGAAACACACACUCUCUCUCUCUCUCUCUCUCUCUCACACACACGCGCUCUCAAAAUGGAGCAACAUUCAGUGGAGCGUAUUGUGUGGAUAAUACCUCAACGUGUGUGCGUGUGUGUGUGCUGUGGCUUGCCUUUGCUCCGUGUGUUGCUCCGUCGUGACCUCGCAGUACGCAUGAGUGAUGUUAUCGAUUGAUUGCGCACGCAAACCCUUUGCUCGUCGCGCCAUCUCUCGCAUGCGGCCGAGAACCGUUCGACAGUAGCAGCAGCACCAGCAGCAACAUCAGCAGUAGCAGCACCAUCAGCAGGCUGCGCACACUUUCUGGUUGAUGCGGUUUACGGGGGAACGGGGAGCAGCAGUGUGGGCAGGGGGUUGGAAAAAUGCCAAUGGUGGAAGUGUUGUUACAGCACCAGCAGCAGCAGCAGCAGCAGCAGCGGCGGCAGCUCGAGUCGUCGGUGUCAGUGUCGGUGCGGUCGUGGAGCAGUGUCGCUAGUGUGGCGUUUGUCGCCCGCGGUGUCCGUCAGUGUGGGCCCGUGAGCCCGGUUUCGGUGCUGGUGGUGCAGGGUGCGUGCGCGCGUGACCGUUGUGGGCACUGAGAGCGUGAAAAGAGCGUGUAAGAAAGGGUAGCGAGUAGGGCAAACGGCACCGCGCGUAGCGAAAGAAGCAAGUAAAAGCGAAGCAAGAGAAGAGGAAAAGGAAGCAAGCUAUAAGGUUGUUGAAGCGAGCGAGCGAAGAAGAAAAAGAAAAGAGGGUGCAACGAAAACGGGGCUGCCGGAACGCACUGUGGCGAAGUUGCCGUGGCAUUGCCGGAAGUGACGUGCUGGGGGGGGCAGACGAAGAACAGGCGCGCGGCAACCGAGGGGUGGGAGGAGGAGGAGGAGGAGCAGGAGAAGGAGGCGGGACGUUACGGCGCAUCGGCGGACGAUGAUGGUGGGGCCAUGAGCCCGAGCCCCGAGGUCGUUGCGAGCCGCAAGCGCGUCUCAAGCGGGCCUGCACCAUGCUAGCGCCGCCGAACCCGAGGUCAAUAUGCGGCCAGGACCCGGGCUGGUCGUGAUGGCGCUUGCGUUUAUUUCGGGGGCUCGGCGAGGCACCGGUCAACAGAGCAGCAGUGCCAGUCAGAGUGGCAGGUUGGGCAUAGUUGGAGAAGACAAUACGGGAGCAGGCGGCGCACUAACGCGGAUCAAUCCGUGGCUUUCGGCGUGCGAUCUGGAGCAGCCCAACUCGGCACCGGAUCUCCAGGGUCAAUGUUCAGCCGGUACACUGCCUGUGGCCUGGAUAGACGAAGGUCCUGGACCACCGCGGUGUCCACCGCCAUGUGCAACGCUGCGUGCGCAUGCCGCGUCUAAUAAUAAUAAUAACAUUAAUAAUAAUAAAAAUAAUAAUAAAAAUAAUAAAAAUAGUAAUAAGCCAUACAAUAUUGAUAAUACUAAAUAUAACAUGGAGAACCGGUUAAAUGAUAAACAACAGUGCCUUGACUAUUUGGGCGAUAAUGAAGAGUUAAGUCCAGCACAAAUUUGUAAAAAAUCGUCACAAAGUAUUGAGACCAAGCUGCAAACAUUACGUUUAAGACAUUGUUGUGAGCGUACCGUUGGCAGUGCUUUACACAACGCAGCCUACGCCGACGUGCUGCACGGCGGACCGGGCUGCACCGGGCGGCUGACCGAGCUGCUCGAGACGGACGCGCUGGCGGCACGGAUCACAUGCGAAUUUACCGAGGUGCUGAUACGGUACGACUGCGGACAGCCGUACUCUAUCAUCCACCACUGUGAGGAUUGUAAGGAGGCAUAUCGAAGGUGGGGCUGCAGUGUUUUUAUACCGUACUUCACGUCGAGGGACGACAUCAAAAGUGUUAACAAUAAAACCGGUGAUCGAGACAGUGACCGUGCUACCCAGGGGAAAUCGAACGCCAUCUUUGGGGACGCCGCGAACAAGCAGACUGAACCGAACAUGAACGAUGCAAACAAACAGCAACUAGUAAAAAAUAUAUCAAUCACUGUAAAAAGUUCACGCCGAAAAACGCAACGAGUACGAAUACGACCAUGUCUAAACGUAUGCCAAACCGUAGAGCAAAAGUGCCCGUAUAUGCUGCCGGGCGAUCGGGCUCCAGCCUAUCCGACGCAGUACGCCGGCGAACCGACGUUUCUUUGUCGAGAUCUUAACAUCGAAGAAACGGGCGAACAACUGCGAAAGUCAAACAACGGCCCGACCGGUUGCUGCUACGACUACUGCGGCCUGAGCCCGAUCGAUGGCCUGUGCGCACGCUGUGAUCCGCUGCAUAACGAGACGCGCCACCCGGACAGUGCGGCGCUAGCGUUGAGCAGCGAACCACCGGCGAUAUCGGCCAGCUGCCCGAGCAUCACCACCCCGACGAGCAGCUCCUCCCAGUCCGAGCAGUGCCGGUUGUCGCAGGGCGGCAUCGCGUCCACCGCUACGACCAGCUCUCCCAGCACCACCAUCACCGCCACCACUGCUGGCCGCGACAGCAGCAGCAGCAGUACCACCGCCAGUACCACCGCCAGUAGCCGAAGAGUAGUAGCGGGAGACAGUACCACCACUACCACGGCGAUGUCAAUGCCGUCGGGCGUUUCGUCGCCCGUGCGGGCCGUUUCGUCUCUGCUGCGUGCGGUCUGCGCACUCGGCUCGGUCUACCGGACGCACACGAGCGGUGUGCAGUCGUGGAUCGCGAUGGUGGCCGUACUGACCGUCGGUACCGAACUGGUAGCCUGGACGAAGCAGCUGGUCCAUCUGCUGGUGGUGUUAUAGCUCGCGGUCCGAGGGCUCCGGCAGCUGAACCGGACCGCAACAUUCUGCCCCCGAUUUGACCGGCUGCACCACCAGCAAUGUACCACCAUCAGCAAAACAAAGUACCCCGUCUCAGGACACUUCCGUUUGGGGGAACGACGAACCGACGAACCGUAACCCACGGGUAAGGUCAAGUGUGUCAAGCAGUGUGUAAAUCAUACCGGAGAAGAAGUGCAGUGCGCUACAUCAACGUUAAGCGCGUGAGUGUAGCGUGUUGCAAAAUGCAAGAGAAAAAAAAAAUCAGAAGAAAAAACCAACCAACAAAACCGAAAAUGAAAAACUACACCAUAGCAAGUGUCACAUUGAAAGAAGCAACACAAAUAACAAAACAACAAACAAAACAAAGAAAAAAGAAAACCCCAAAUAAUAAUAAUAAAUUAUAAUAAUAACGAUAAUAGCUGCAAAUUGAGAGUCCAAUAGGGGUGCGACAUAGCGAUCAGAUUUUAGGAGCAAAUCGGAGCACCGUAUAGCGAAAGUGAAAAAUACGUUCGCUAAAACGAAGCAAAAAUACCCACACACACACACACACACACACUCAACAAUAAGCUAAAUAAAACAAAACACUCCCACAA